CAAGAGCAUCCAUAAGAUUCAUCCUUUUUUUCCACAUUUCUAUCAUUUUUUAUUAAGAAAAUAAACAAAAGUAUAAUAAUUCUUAUUUAUUCACUGGAGUUUACUUACAUUUUUGAAGUCUUAAGAUGUCUUAUUUCCGUAGUGGUAUCAUUGGGUUUUUGUCCGGUUUAGGUCUCAGUUAUGCCGGAGGUGUUCAAUCCUUAUUGUCAUCGAGUAAACAAACCCAAACAGAAUUACAGGUUACGACAGAAUUAAUACAAAAACAAACGAAAUCCCAAAAGGAGAUGGAGAAUCGAGUCAAGGUCUUGGAAGACACAGCUUCGAGGUACAAUACCGAAGAGCAAGUAAAAGAGUGGAAGACAAUUGUUCAAAAUUUGCAUCUUGACCAAUUGGAACUACAAGCUCGACAAAAGCAAAUAGAAGAGGCUCUUGGACAUUUAUUACUAGAACGACAAACCAAGCUUCUGGUAUGAAAAAUGGGUGUUUGUAAUGAUAGUCAUGAGUACCGUUUUGUGUUUGAUGAAUGAAGGAGAUUUUUUUUUUUUAAAAAAAAAGACGACAUAAAACCAUUUUAUUCUUACGAUGUAUUUUACUGUUUUCUUCUCUUCUCUAAUUAAUGUACAUUCUGCUUAUGUCGACGAUGGCCUGCGAAGCACCCUUUCCCAAGGAACGAUUUUCGCUUGGGCAAACUCUUCCAAAGAGCUUAUUACCUUCUGAUAGUCUUCCAAGUUAUUCAUGUUCGUGCAUUCUUUCAACUUUUCCGAAAUAGUAUUCGUAUACAUAAGCUCUCCCUGCAAGCGUUGAUAUUCUUCAUCUUGUUUUUUUAGUUGAGCUUUUUUUUCCUUCACUUCAUCUGUGAAUUCAUCAAGUGACUUUGCUGUAUCGAACACUGUGGGUGGUUCAAUAUCUUUUGCUGCUUGUAACGUCAAUAGAAUCUGACUCAUCCAUUCCGUAUUUCGAAUAAAGCGUGCCGUACAUAUUUGUUGCGGCGUCAACUUAUCCAUAAUGUCUCCCUUUUCAAUUUCUAGAUCCUCUGGUGCAAUGGGUGAUGUAUUUCCAUUUGGUACCGCUGUUUUAGCAGCUCCAUCAGGUACUUGAUUUGGGGGAAUAUUCACUGAGGAUGCAGCGUUUGCAACAGAAGGAGUCCGAGAACGCGCCCGCAUUUGAGAUGCGGCUGCAGAUACGCUCGGUUCACGUAUUGGUGCUCCUACUGGGAUAUUUGCAGCUGCCGUCCGUUGUUCCCUUAAUAAGAAGGGAGGAGUUCGUAUAUCAGGGAGAGGAUAUUGUCGUAUUUGUGGUGGCUUCGCAAUUGAGAUGUUCGCAGGUACAGAAUCGUUUUCUGAUGCCCUUAUAUAGUGAACUAGCCAAUAAUUAUCAAACCCAAUGCCGAGCAAACGAUAGCGAAAUCGAGAAUGAAGUGUUUUAGGCUCUGACAAUGGAAAGAAGCCAUGUUUCGCUUCAUGAAUCUCAAGCACCUAUG